CAUCCCAUACCUUUAAAAGAACAAAUCAUACAUAUCUUACCACUAAUUGUACUACAAAUCUUUUCUAUCAUAAUACGAAGCAAACAAUAAGGGGACCAGACUGAUACAACUAAGCUUCACAUGAUCUUUCUGUUUGGCCAGCAGACAUCCAUCAGGGACCUGAUUGGUGACUGGACUGCCUGCUGCCUGCACAAUCACAAUGCAUGUUGCCUCCGAAUUUUCAGGGAUUUAUUCUUCGAACAUGGACCAAUUUCGCAAAAAUCACAAGAUUUCGAUCAUAGUGGAUGUGAAAGAGAGGGCCUAGUGAUACUGUCGAAAUCGCAUCAAUCUGACUUGUUUUCGUGUUUUAAUCUAUUCAUCUUUCCAUGCAUUUGUCGAUCCGGUACUCGCCGUUUCUCUGAAUGACACUACAUUCAACAUGAGAAGACACAUAUGCUCUAUCCUGCUAAGUCCUUUGAAACAAACAUUAUGGUUUCUUUGGACUAUGUCUCCUACUCAUUCCAACUUCAAAUGAAAUCCAUAGCUCCACUUAAAAAUAGUGGAGUUCCCACCACCACCACUCAAAUAAUUCCAAACGUUUUCGAAUGUUCCUCGCUUCUGUUUCUUCUGUUUUUUUCGGUAUCCAGUAUCUCUUUUUUCUUAUGACAAGACCAAUCCUUAAACCAUUUUCCAAAGUCACUUCUCUUAACCUCUUGUGGCCUCUCCAAUUCUACCUUACAGUAUGAUUUGAGCAUACAUUCACUGUAUAAUCCUCAGAGAUAGCCUCCAAUUGCCUCCACUAUAAAUUGGGCCAUUCUGCCACCUCUUGCCAACGCAAACCUCGGCCUUCGCGCUUCAUCAGAUCGCAGCUGUGUCGACGCACUCCCGCAACAUGUCCUGCUCGCCGCGCUUCUGCCCCGACGCCUUCAGAAUCAAAAUCAGUAGUGAUACCCUUUCCACUGACUUGUUACCAUCCCUUGGAGCAACAAUUAAUCAAUCCAAGAAGCUCAGGAAGUACAUCAUUUCGCCUUACAAUUCAUUUUACAGAGUAUGGGAAAUGUUUCUGAUUCUCCUUGUAGUCUACUCAGCCUGGAUAUGCCCACUAGAGUUUGCGUUCCUCAGAUACUUACCAAGCACUCUUUUCCUUGUCGACACCGUCGUAAACGGCUUUUUCGCCGUCGACAUAAUCCUCACCUUCUUCGUGGCUUUUCUCGAUCGUAAAUCCUAUCUUCUUGUCGACGAUCCAAAGAGAAUUGCCAUUACGUAUCUAUCCUCAUGGUUCAUCUUCGAUCUGUGCUCGAUGGCUCCAUUUCGAUACAUGAGUCUCUUACUUAACAAACACGAGAGCAGGCUUGGUUUCAAGGUCCUAAACAUGCUCCGGCUUUGGCGGCUCCGUCGCGUUAGUUCCCUAUUUGCAAGGCUCGAGAAGGAUAUCAGAUUCAACUACUUCGCGAUUCGGUGCACAAAACUCGUCUUGGUCACUCUCUUUGCAGUGCACUGUGCUGGAUGCUUCAACUACAUGAUCGCCGACCGAUACCCCGACCCGACGAGGACUUGGAUAGGCGCGGCGAUACCGAACUUCAGAGAGGAUGGUCUGUGGAUAAGAUAUGUCACAGCAAUGUAUUGGUCGAUUACGACGCUCACUACAACUGGCUAUGGUGACCUGCAUGCCGAGAACUCGAGAGAGAUGUUGUUCGAUAUCCUGUACAUGCUUUUUAAUCUCGGAUUAACCGCGUACCUGAUCGGAAACAUGACGAACCUCGUCGUUCAUGGCACGAGCCGCACCAGAAAUUUCAGGGAUACAAUUCAAGCAGUUUCAGAAUUCGCAGCAAGGAAUCAAUUGCCAAUGCACAUAAAGGAGCAAAUGUUAUCUCACAUAUGCUUAAGAUUCAAAACAGAGGGAUUAAAGCAACAAGAGACAUUAGAUAAUCUCCCGAGGGCCAUUAAAUCGAGCAUUUCGCGAUGCUUAUUCUUCCCCAUUGUGCACAAAGCUUACCUGUUCCAUGGGGUUUCCUGCAAUUUCAUCUUUCAAUUGGUAAAUGAAAUGCAAGCUGAAUAUUUUCCACCCAAGGAAGAUAUAAUACUUCAGAAUGAAGCCUCAACUGCUCUAUAUAUCCUUGUAUCAGGAGCAGUGGAUAUAAGGGAAUUUACAGAUGGAGUUGAAAAGGUUCAUGGAACAGCAGUUGCAGGAGAGGUGAUUGGGGAAAUCGGGGUUUUAUGCCGCAAACUGCAACCAUACAAUUUCCGAACAACCGAACUCUCACAAAUCCUAAGGCUCAGCAGGACUACACUCAUGAACAUUAUGCAAGAAAAUAGGGAGGAUGGGAGCAUAGUCAUGAACAAUCUUUUGCAGAAGCUGAGGAUGGAAGAGAGUGUGCAUCCUGGGUUGCAUCAUACAGAUAUUUCCCCGCUGCUGAGUGAAUGGCAUAAGGGUAAUAGAGAAUUUCAAGCAGGUGAGAAUAAUAUGAUGCAGAGGGACAACAAAAGAGUUACCAUUCACAUGCUUUCUGAGAAGAAAAAUAAUGCAGCAAGAGAGAAGAGGGGUGUAGUGAUAAAUUUACCUGUUACUAUGGAAGAGCUCCUCGGGAUCGGUCGUGAGAAGUUUAUGAGCCAUCAUCCUUUGAAGGUGGUCAACCAUGAAAAUGCAGAAAUAGACGACAUUAGCGUAAUUCGGGAUGGAGACCAAUUAUUUCUUCUUGAUACUUAACAAGGAGAACAAUGAUUAAAAUUAUUGUUCAAAAGU